AGAUAAGGUACCAAAUGGAAGAGACGGGACUUACCCAGGCUACCUACGCUACCCGUGUAUAGGUACCUUCCUUUCCGUGUAUGUAGGUAUGUGUGGGUGUAAGGUAGGUAUGUAUGUGUGCUGCUUGCUUGGGGCUUGCCGUUAUGUAGUAGUCGCCACUGCCACUUCCACUUCCACUUUACACUUUGCUUGGAUGAGGUGAGGGUGGUCUGGGUGAUGAUACCGGAAGGGGGGAAUAUAGGUAGGUAGGUAGGUAGGUACCUCUAGGUAGGUAGCGCCGUAGCGAGCUGGAGGUGGAAACGACAUGAGUGGCCGGACACGCACGGCUCGAUGAUCCAUCGGUUCGAUCGGUUCCAUGGUUGUUCUAUGGAAAAGAAAGUGAUAUCAUGGCCUGUUUCUGCUACCCUCCUUCUGUGCGGUUACAUACUUAUAUGCAGAAGCCUACUUAGACGGCACCAAAAUGUAGAGAAAACUGGUAGUGUGUGCCGGAUCGGAUCAGUCAGUUCCCGUUUCGUCCUCGUCGUCGUCUUGUUCGUCGUCGUCGUCGUCAUCAUAAUGAAACGACUGUGUAACAUAACAGCGGGAGGAUUGAUACCACACACACUCCCCGGAUCCAGAUCCAUGAAAAUUGUGAUAAACCAAUAUACCAAAGACCAUGGAUAGCCAGCCGUGCAUUAGUAGCACUGUGACACCAGACACGCAGCCUCCUAGACUACUUCUGCUCUUGAGCUAUAGCAUAGAAAUUUGGAAAUGGGAACCGGCAACAAAUAUAUGUAACAUGGCAUUUCCAAGACAUCUAUCUGUUCCCGUCCGUCCAUGAUCAGAGAGAGGAUGCAGUUAUAAAAAGAGAGUGCGUGCGCGCGUGUGUGGAUGAAAGUGAAAACGGGAAAACGGGAAACGAACGAAAUACGGGAAAUGGGUUACUACUUUUCCAGCCUGAACUUGAACAUCGGACCGUAGCCCGCGGCUAAAGUGCUGUAGACGUUGACCGACGUUGUUGUUCAAGCCUUGGUUGAUCAGUCGGUCGGUCGGUCGGUCGGUCGGUCAGGUGCCAGUCAGUCACUCAGUGUCUGAGUAGGUACUACAUAGGUAGGACCAAACGUGAUUUCCGUACACGUCCAACAACUCCGUCGACAUUUCACCAGUGAAGAGGUACCGGACUCUGGUCAUAUCAUUGCGGAUGGGUGUAUACGAGAGAUAGAGAGAGAGAGUGGUCGUUGGACACAAGACACAAAAGGUCUCGGAAGAGGGCCUGUUGUCUAAUUUCCAUCGCUCUCUCUUCCAUGGGAAAACCUGAAACUUGCCAUGUCUUGCCCAUUUUCCAUUUUCUAUUGUCUGACAAGUGACAAUUCGUUGACAGCCUUAGACUUAGGUCAAUAUCCGAAAUGGUGCAUUUGUUUUCCUCAAAAAAAAAAAAAAAAAAAAAAAA